AUGAAGGUCGCAGCCUCAGCUGUCAUUUUGUCAUUUGUUCUUAGUUCAUACUCGUUCCCUCUGCAACCCAGAAAUUUAACUCCCACCUGGCAUCCCCUACUUGAAAAGGACUCCAGAGGCUUUUAUCGAAGGAGGUCAAAAGAAACAUCACCUUUCACAAGCUUCCUGCAAGUUGGCACCACACUUCUGGCACCAGUGAAUGAUAGCUUAUGUGCGUGCAGGAUCGUAGAGGAGAAACCAGAAGUGACGGAGGAAUUCGAAUUAAGCGCCGCUGCCACCCCCCCCACUGCCGUAGCCAUCAAAGGCAGCACUAAUUCUUUUAGACAGGUUGACUCCCCAUGGACGCCUGUCUUUUUCCCUACCUACAGCCAGUUCACCCCCGUAACAACACCCUACGUAAGCUUUUGGUGUUAG